UUGGUUUAUCUUUUCAAAGCUCAAGUUAAAAGAAAACUCAAAUAUUAAAAAAAAAUCAUUGAGAAAUGGCUAAUAUAGCUCGUAGAAAAUUAAGUGAGCUUUGUGUGGAAGAAACUACGGAUUUCGUUGUUACAGUACUAAUUCUCUCAAAAACCGACCCAAAUAUAUUCCAACAAAGGGAUUCACCUGAACAACGUGGAGUGAUUCUAUUUACCAUUCGGGACAGCAGAAAAUGCAUUACGAAUUGCAAAUGCUGGGCCUCCAAGGAGAAAAUCGAGGAGUACCACCGUAAGUUUACCAUUUAUGAUGUAAUUGACAUUAUUUGCGCCCGAGUAGUUCCCACUCGCGGUGACAAUCAACAAGAACAACAUUUUCAGCCUACCGUUACACUGCCAUUCCAAUUGGUGUUAAAUGAAGGUGUGGGUUUUAUAGAAGAACAUGUUGGCGACGUUAAGGAUUUAUUGAGUCUUUGCAAAUUGUCCAUUAGACCUUUGAGUACUGUGCUGAAUUUGUCUGAUAUAAAUUCCACAAAUGUCAACUUCAGAGGUCAUUAUGUUGAUUUGCUUGUGAUUAUUGCACUCAUGAAGCCAAUUAAGGAAGUUCGAGCCAAAUCCGGAUAUCCGUUAAAGUGCUUAGAACUUGUGGUGACUGACAAGAGCCUUCCGAGUGGAAUGGUUAUGACUAUAUGGAACAGCAGCUGGAUUGAACGAUCACAGAAAAAUUGGAAGCAAAUGAAGACUAUUUUGCACUUGAUCGACGUUCGGGUUGGCUAUUCUGAAUUUCACAAGACAACUACUCUGGGGCUUUGUUCAAGGAGUGUGGUGUUUGAAGAUCCACUUGGAAAAGAAAUGGAAUCAUUGGCUGAGUAUGCGACAAGUGCUGCAUCCAUAGAUCUGGAUAUUUUCAGUGGAAGUGCUCGCGAAUCGUUGCCUGAUCCAAGUUCUAUAACAACUCUCAUGACUGUAAGACAAAUCUAUGACCAUGCGGUUAAAACAUCACCAAAGGACGAUUCCGAAAGUUUUACCGCAGUUCUCUUAGCAACCGUUACCAAAUUCGAUUUGGACGGAUUUAUAUCAGUCAUUGCAAAGAAAUGUCAAUCGUGUGGCCAGCGAAUUCUUCGUGAUCAGUUUGUAUGUGACAAUGACCAAUGUCAGAUGAGUUUCUCUUUCAACUACAGUGGGGAUAAAUUUGUUCGAUUCAUCGAUCUAAAUAUUCACCUCAGCGAUCAUACUGGGACCUUGGUUGAAAGUCGCCUCAGUGGCGCUAUAGCGGAACAACUUUUGAAAGUAAAAACAGAAGAUUUCCUGCAAUGCAGUGAUACAGAAAAAGCACACUUGAAAUGGAAGUUUCUUUUGGAGAGAUUUGAAGUCAAGUUGUUGAUAAAGAAACCAACGCCAGUUCGCCAAAGCUUAUUUGUUCAAGUCAUUGAUAUGCAAAAUAUGAGUUUGAAAGAAUUCUCAGAAAGAAUUGUAGUUUAUUAG